GAAGGAACAUUUUAAUAUAAUGUGUGAUGACUUGAAAGAGGGUGAGAAGCAUCCUAUCCACAACCCUACCUGCACGUUUGGUGAUGCCUUUCAGUGUUAUCCUGAGGUUUUGGAAAACAUUAAAAAGGCAGGUUUUCAAAAGCCAACACCCAUUCAGGCGCAGGCAUGGCCAAUAGUACUGCAAGGAGUAGAUCUUGUAGGAAUGGUCCAGACCAGCACAGGGAAAACGUUGUGCUAUUUAAUGCCUGGAUUUAUUCACCUGAACUUUCAGCCAAUGGUUAAAGAAAAAGGGAAUAGGCCUGGCAUGCUAGUCCUUACACGUACUCGGGAAUUAGCUCUUCAAGUGCAAGCUGAAUGUUCUAAGUAUUCCUAUGGCGGUCUUAGAAGUAAUGUUUGUGUAUAUGGUGGUAGAGAUAGAGACAAACAAAUCAAAGAUCUAAGAAAAGGUGUAGAUAUUAUUAUUGUAACUCCUGGAAGAUUGAACAAUCUGCAAAUGAAUCACUAUGUCAACCUGAAGAGCAUAACCUACUUGGUAAUCAUGACUUGGGAUGCUGUGAUCAAUAUUGUCUUUUAA